AUGACGCGCAAUAAUGACAACGAGAAGGACGUCGAGCGCGCUCUCGAAAAUUCGACCGAGAAGGCCGAGCCCGAACUGAGUCAACGAGACGAGCCUCGACAAUAUCUCGAGGUCCCACGCGACCUGCGCAGCGUCGGUCGCCAGAAGAGCGAAGAUGGGGUUCUGGAGCAGAUUGCCUCCAAUGUAACAACGAACACGGAGGCCAGCCUGCCUCUAGAAAAGCAAGAAGAGCCACAGAAACGACCAUGGUAUCGUAGAUUAAAUCCUUUGCGGCGAGGCCAGCCGCCGCCCGUGCCCGAGGAGCGUACGGUCUGCCGGGAAUACAAUGCCGGCGUCUUCUCUAUAAUACUCUUUCACUGGAUCACGCCGCUCAUGACCGUGGGCUACAAACGAACAUUGGAGCUGAAGGACAUCUGGCUGGUCAACCCAGACCGGUCCUCGGAGACUUUGGUGACGAGACUAAUGGCCUCAUUCAAACGAAGAGCAGCGCGCGGUGAAAGUAAUCCGCUGCUGUGGGCCUUGUACGAUGCACAUCGGAAGGAGUUCCUGCUAGGAGGCUUCUGCGCAUUGAGUUCGGCCUUAUUGCAAGUCGUGUCGCCAUUCACCACCAGAUAUCUCAUUCAGUUCGCCAAUGACGCCUGGGCCGCCGACAAGUUUGGAAGUCCCGCGCCGCACAUCGGCCAUGGCAUUGGACUGGCGGUUGGCAUCACGCUCAUGCAGAUCUGCCAGAGCACGGCGACGAACCAGUUCAUCUACAGAGGAAUGAUGGUGGGCGGCGAAGCACGUGCCGUGCUCAUCAACGCUAUCUUCGAGAAAUCGCUCAAGAUCUCUGGACGCGCCAAGGCCGGAGGGAAAGCACUCGACCACGAAGACAUCGAUAAUGGCAUUGUUGGCCCCGAAGCACUGUCACAAAAAUCAGUCAAGAGGCCUGCGUUGCAGCGAGCACUCUCGAGGCGGUUGCACCCCAAGACUGGACCGAAAACCACUCCAGACAGAGGUUCCGGUGUCUCAGGAGACGGCACUGGGUGGAACAAUGGCAAGAUUGUGAAUCUGAUGAGUGUCGAUACGUACCGUGUCGACCAAGCAUCAGGCAUGUUCCAUCUCAUGUGGACAUCGCCCAUUCAGCUCGCUGUUGUCCUAGUGGUGCUGUGCGUCAAUCUUGGCUACAGUGCCCUUUCUGGGUAUGCUUUGCUCGUUUUGUGCGUACCGGCCCUCACCAAAACCAUCAAAAUCCUCUUCCGACGCCGGAAGAAGAUCAACAAGGUCACGGAUCAGCGCGUCACUCUUACUCAAGAAAUUCUGGGAUCGGUCCGAUUUGUCAAGUUCUUUGGCUGGGAGACCAGCUUCCUUGAGAGACUGAAGGAGCUGCGGAAACGAGAGAUUGGCAUGAUCCAGGUUCUGCUGGCUAUCAGGAACGCCAUCAACGCGUUGGCCAUGGCUAUGCCUGUCUUUGCGUCUAUGCUGUCUUUCAUCACUUACUCGCUCACGGACCACCACUUGGAUCCGGCCAGGGUCUUCUCUUCGCUGGCCCUCUUCAACUCGCUCAGACUGCCCCUCAAUUUGUUGCCAUUGGUCAUCGGUCAAGUUACCGACGCCUCAGCGUCAAUGGGUCGCAUCCAGGAGUUUCUUCUGGAGGAAGAGCAGAAGGACGAAGUGGAUUGGGACGAGCACUUGGAACAUGCUGUCCAAGUCGAUAAUGCAACUUUCACCUGGGAGCGGACGGCGACUGUCGAUAAGGAGAAAGUUGCCACCUUCCAGACCAGGGCGGACCUCAAAGAUGCCAAAGUAGCCAAGAAGCAGGCGAAGAAGGAUGACAAAGAGAAGCGGAAGAGCAUGAAGAAGGGCGAGGUGCCCAGCAGCGAUGCAUCGAGCGAGAUCACGGCAUCAGACCCAUUCAAGAUCCAGGAUAUUGAUUUGACGGUCGGACGAAAUGAGCUCAUUGCCGUCAUUGGCACAGUCGGCAGUGGUAAGACCUCUUUACUCGCGGCCUUGGCAGGUGAUAUGAGGAAGACGGGCGGCAAAGUGCACAUGGCUGGCACUCGAGCUUUCUGCCCGCAGUAUGCCUGGAUCCAGAAUGCGACACUCAAGGAGAACGUUAUGUUUGGCAAGCCUUUUAAUACCAAGUGGUACAACUCGGUCAUUGAUGCUUGUGCACUCCGACCAGAUCUGGACAUCUUGCCAGCAGGCGAUCGUACCGAGAUCGGCGAGAGAGGCAUCACGCUCUCUGGUGGACAGAAGCAGCGGCUGAAUAUUGCUCGAGCUAUCUACUUUGACGCCGACAUUGUGCUCAUGGACGACCCACUGUCCGCCGUUGACGCCCACGUCGGUCGCCAUAUUAUGGACAAAGCCAUCUGUGGUCUGAUGAAGGACAAAUGCCGCAUCUUAGCCACACAUCAACUGCACGUCCUCAACCGCUGCGAUCGCAUCGUUUGGAUGGAAGAUGGCCACAUCCAAGCCAUAGACACUUUUGACAACCUCAUGGCAUCGAGCGUCGACUUCCAGAAGUUGAUGGCUACCACUGCUCAAGAAGACGACGCAGCUGUCAAGGCUGACAAUCCGGAAGAUCAAGACGAGGAGAAACCCAAGAAGGCCAGCAAGAAGAAGAAGGCUGUGGCGUUGAUGCAGCAGGAGGAGCGAGCAACGAAGUCGGUGAGCUGGUCCGUCUGGGGCGCCUAUGUCAAGUCUUCCGGCUGGUGGGGCAUGUGGCCACUCAUCGCCAUAUCGCUGGUCCUCUCACAAGGCUCGAAUAUCGUGACCAGCUUGUGGCUGUCUUGGUGGGUCAGCGAUCAUUUCGGAUACUCGACGGGGGCGUACAUCGGUAUCUAUGCCGCCCUGGGUGUCACUCAAGCGACGCUGAUGUUCGUCUUCGCCACUAUUCUGUCCACCGCCGGCACCAAUGCCAGCAAGGUUCUGCUUCAGAAGGCGCUCACCAGAGUUCUGAGGGCACCGAUGGCCUUCUUCGAUACCACACCAUUGGGUCGCAUCACGAAUCGCUUCUCCAAGGAUGUCGACUCGAUGGACAACAAUCUCACGGACGCGAUGCGGAUGUACUUUCUGACGCUCGGCAUGAUUGUGUCGGUCUUCGCGCUCAUUAUCGCAUACUUCCACUUCUUCGCUGUGGCCCUCGGACCAUUGUUUGUGCUGUUCUUGUUUGCAGCCAGCUACUAUCGCGCGUCGGCAAGAGAGCUCAAGCGGCAUGAAGCCGUUCUGCGGUCGUCUGUGUUCGCCAGAUUCUCCGAAUCGAUCUCAGGUGUGGCAUCGAUCCGAGCAUAUGGGUUGCAACAGUACUUUACCCUGCGGGUCAGAGAAGCGCUCGACGACAUGAACUCGGCAUACUAUCUCACCUUUGCCAACCAAAGAUGGCUGGCAGUCCGUUUGGAUUUCAUCGGUAAUCUACUCGUGCUGACAGUGGCCAUUCUGGUCGUCACCGAUCGCUUCAGCGUCAACCCCAGUAUCGCCGGGUUAGUCCUGUCUUACAUUCUGGCCAUCGUGCAGAUGAUCCAGUUCACUGUUCGCCAGCUUGCCGAGGUUGAGAACAACAUGAAUGCUACCGAGCGUCUGCACUAUUAUGGCUCUCAACUCGACCAAGAAGCACCGCUCAAACAGCGCGAGGUGCCCGAUUCCUGGCCUCAAGCUGGGCAGAUCAAUUUUGCCAAUGUCUCGAUGCGCUACCGACCAGAGCUACCGCUGGUGCUGCGCGGCCUCUCCAUGGAGGUUCGUGGCGGCGAGCGCAUCGGUAUUGUGGGUCGUACCGGCGCAGGCAAGUCCAGCAUCAUGUCUGCGCUCUUCCGUCUGAACGAACUAUCAGAUGGGCAGAUCGCCAUUGACGGCGUUGACAUCUCCUCCGUGGGCCUUUCGGAUCUGCGAUCGCGGCUGGCCAUCAUCCCACAGGACCCGACGCUCUUCCGCGGAACCAUCCGUUCGAACCUCGACCCUUUCAACGAGCACUCGGAUCUGGAGCUGUGGUCAGCACUGCGCAAAGCUGACCUUGUCGGCGAAGAAAUCCCCACAAGCCCUACCAACAAGGAGGCGCGGCCCAAGACAGCAGAAACUGCAUUUGCAUCGACUUCGGUGGUCAAUGCGCCAGCAUCGGAGAAGCGCAUCCACCUCGACAGCACGGUAGAGGAAGAAGGCCUGAAUUUCUCGCUGGGCCAGCGGCAGCUGAUGGCUCUGGCGCGGGCGCUGGUCCGCAACUCGCGCAUCAUCGUGUGCGACGAAGCCACCAGCAGCGUCGAUUUUGAGACGGACGAGCGCAUCCAGCGCACCAUGCGCGAGGGCUUCGAGGGAAAGACGCUACUGUGCAUCGCGCAUCGACUGAAGACCAUCAUCAACUAUGAUCGCAUCUGCGUCAUGGAUCAGGGGAGUAUUGCGGAGUUGGAUUCGCCCAUCAGGCUGUUCGAGCAAGGGGGCAUUUUCAGAGGCAUGUGUGAUAAGAGCCACAUCACGCGGGAGGACUUUUUCAGAUCGUAG